AUGGAAAUGGGGAAGUCGGAGCUUACACUAGAAGAGCGCAUGAAUCAGCGGCUCCCUGACUAUAUCUUAGCUUCCGCAAUGGCAGCAGGCAAAGCAGCGUGGAGUCUAGCCCCAGUAUUAACUUUAAGCUUGCGGAAUAUGCUUGCCUAUGGCUCAGACGUCGAAAAAGGUCCUGAGCAAGAUCCAGAAGCUGAAGAUCCAGAGGAAUUUAUGCUCAAGGCGAUGGAAAGAGUAGACGAGAUUCUCUCGCUCCUGCGCGAAGAGCAGGAAGAAAAGAGGGCACGGGCAGAUAAGUAG